GCCAGUGGUAUUACAGUCGCAGUCGUAGUCGCAGUUGCCAUGGCCGUCGCACGGCAUCGCGUUCUGGACCUCAUGAGGGUCCAGUGCAACGUCUUCAACACCACCUACAACCCCGAACGCCUUCGUCUCGGCUCCCGCAUCCUCCACCAGCGCCUCAAAGGUCCCGCAGUGGCAUCCUACUACCCCCCGCGCAUAGGAACGAUUAGUCAAUUGCGAAAACUCUACCCGGAGCACCAGAUUCUAGACGAAGAGGAGGAAGACUGGCUAGAGCACUUGAACGUUGCAAAGUCAAGAGGAAAGAGUCCGCCCAAGAAGAAGAGGACAGCUGCCGAAUCAAAAAAGUUCAACAAGAGGAAGUGAGCAGAGCCAGAGCAGCGCCACCGUCACAGGGUAUUGUAAUUCUAGUGUACAACACAUGGUUACUUACAUGUACCAUGCAUUCACAUCUUCUACAA